GGAGCCUGGGUUGCCUGUGGUGUGAACGGUUGGUACCCAAAAAUGGCGGUCGAACUUGAUGCUGAAAAUGAAAAAGUACUGAAACGGCGGGACAUUCGCCGCUCAUUCAGGGUUGUACUUCUAGACAUUGAAGGUACAACGACACCUAUAACAUUCGUUAAGGAUACAUUAUUUCCAUACGUUAGAAAGAACGUACAGAAUUACCUUAAAAAGAACUGGAUCACGACAGAAUGUCAACAAGAUAUCAAAGCACUGCAAGAACAGGCAGAAAAGGAUAAAGAUUUAGAUGGCAUGGUUCCUAUACUCAAGUAUGACAAAGAUGAUGAGAAUAUUGAUGAAACUACGAAAGAAAAAGUCAUCAGAUCCAUUGUAGAUAAUGUGCUGUGGCAAAUGGAUUCGGAUCGUAAGAUAACAGCAUUAAAACAACUUCAGGGGCACAUUUGGAAAAAAGCAUAUGAAGAUGGAGAAAUCAAGGGAGAGGUCUAUGACGAUGUUGUGCCAGCUCUUGAAGAAUGGACCUCUUCUAGAAUAAAAGUAUAUAUCUAUUCAUCUGGAAGUGUAGAAGCACAAAAACUUCUUUUUAAGUAUUCAGACAAAGGAGAUUUACUAAAGUAUUUUAGUGGUCACUUUGACACUAAGAUUGGACUAAAAGUUGAAUGUGAAAGUUACAAGAAAAUUGUAGAGUGUGUUGGAGAGAAGCCUGGGGAGAUAUUGUUUAUCACUGACGUAGUUAAAGAAGCGUGUGCUGCGACAGAAGCUGGUAUGCAGACAGUGCUGAGUGUGCGUCCUGGUAAUACUCCUUUGACUGAUGAUGACAAAAGUACCUACAAAACUAUCAAAUCCUUCAGCAACCUGACAGAAGAACAGGAUUUGCAAAAUGGUAAACCAAAGAAAGCUAGAACUGAUGAUGAUGCUUGAAAACAAUGCCAACUAUGGUGUGUUACUACAGGCUUACACCAGUAGUUACUAUAGCGAUGUCACUGGACAAGUGAUACAAGCUUUGGUUACCRUAGGGAUGUCAGUAGUUAUAGUGAUGUCAUUGGAUAAGUGAUGCAAGCUUUGGUUACCAUAGGGAUGUCAGUAGUUAUUAUAGCUUUGGUUACCAUAGGGAUGUCAGUAGUUAUUUUAGCUUUGGUUACCAUAG